AUGAAAGGGGGCGUCUCACCGUUACCGCAACUCCCGCCGCAGCGCUCAAGGCCGCUGAAGGCGCCUGCGCGUUUGGGCCGGCGGCCGGAUGGACCGGAGAGCAUCGCGCGAAUGGCGGAGGUUGGAAAUAUUCCCGCCGAUGCGGAUCUCGAGCGGAUGCUCACAACAGACGGACCCUUCAAAGCCAAACGGGCGCCUUUGCAUAGAAACACGUCUCGUGUCAGUACGCGGGUGAUGACGGAUGUUUCUCCGUAUAAUCGUUUGAAUGGAGUUAUAUUAGAUGUUGCCGAUAUUAGUAAGAUUCCUGGUAAGCUGAACUUGAAAGAUCUCAGAGAAUGGGAAUCCGCACAAGGAAAUGAUUCUCGAGGGGCAUCUACUGUAGAUCCUUUGAUCGGUAUAGAUAAACAACAACAGUACAUGACAUUUCCACCACCCUAUUCAAACUCACGUGAUGAAACGAGAACUUAUGCAGAAUUACUUGAUGUUUACUCAAUGCAUGAAUUUAUUAUUCGUAAAGGUGUAACACUUCGUAAUACACCAGAAUUUGCAUCCUUUAAGCGUCGCUAUAUUGCAUGCUGGGGCAAUGUAGAACUUGUUAUACGAAAAUUGGAAGAAUUUCUAAAAAAUUAUGGUAUUGAUUUAGCUUAUGUAGAUGGUAAAAAGGUUGCCGGAUUAGCCACCUAUCAAGUAGACGAUCUUCUCUCUAGGGAAGAAAUGUUACAAUGUCUUGCUAAUCGUGAAGAGGUGGAACCUCUCACUAGCAGUGUGGUUCAACAGUAUGCUUGUGGUAUGAGUGGUCAACACUUAGCUGCAGAGAAGAUUCAGGCAACAUGGCGUAUGUAUUUUCAAAGAAUCGCCUAUCGACACCUACUAGUAGGUACAAAAGCUGCUAUUAUUAUUCAGCGUAAAUGGGCAUUGUAUAGAUCUCAUCGAUUGACCAAAAGGACUAUUAAAAUACAAAGAGAAACAAGACUUCUUCGCUGGAAAAAAACUAUGGAAGAUUUUACUAAUAAUUGGCCAAAAAUAAAAGAAGGUCGUCGAUUGAUUAUUCAUUUACCUUCACUUUCAUAUCCUCGAUUUCAUGCUAAACAUGUACCUUUUUAUGUCGCUAUGCAAAUGGGACAACUUACACGUUUAGCUGAUUUACGUGAUCCUAAAGUUGAUGUAGUACUUUUAGCUCCAUUUAGACCAGAACAAGAAGUUUUAGAUUAUUAUCACAAUCUUCUAGAAAAUUCUGGUAUACAAAACUCACGUGGUAGGUUUACAUUAUUAGUACCAGAAGAUGCAAAAAGGCUUCCUGAAGGUCUUAGUCUAACACGUUUAGUUGUUUUAAGUUCACGUUUGAUGAAAUGUUUAGCGGCUCUUUGUAAGAAUCGAAAUGCCUAUGUUGUUCCAGGUGUUAUUGGACCAGAAGAACUUUCUUUCGCAGUUGAAUUAAAUCUUCCAAUGUUAAGUGCAGAUCCCACUAUUGCCCAAGCCUUUGGUACUAAAAGUGGUUGUCAACGAUUACUAGACCUUGCAGAAGUUAACAAACCUGUUGGAGUACAUGGUUUACGUAAUAGACAAGAUUUAUUAUCGGCAUUAGCAACACUUAUGAUUGAACAUCGUGAUAUUACAAGAUGGCUGGUAAAACUAGAGACAGAAUCUGGUGGUCGUGGACAUGCUUACUUUGAUGUGAAUCGUAUUCGUGUACUCAGAGGCGAUGAUCAUUCUCGUAAAAACUAUCUUGGAGUUUUAAAUGAAUUAGAAGAACAUGCAGGAAAACGUGCACGAUUAGUACAUACGAAUAGUUAUCCAGAUUGGGAGUCCUAUGCAGCGAUGUUUGAUGUUGUUGGAGGAUGUGUGGAAGCUGUUCCAAACCGAAUAAAAUCUUCCUUAACAGCCAAUCUUUUUGUUGAACCCACUGGUGCCGUUAAUUUACAUUCCGUGGUGGAACCCAUGCUUGCACCUGCUUAUACUGUUAUGGGUUGUCGAUUUCCUCUUCAAAAAUUUAUUCCAUUUACAGAAGUUCGUGAGGCGGCAUUAAGUGUAGGUAAAGCGGCCUUUCGCAGACGUAUUAUGGGAUAUAUGUCUGUAGAUUUUGUUUUCUGCGAUGCUGGAGAUGGUGAGGAAUCAUCACAGCAACUUUGUGCAGUAGAUGUGGAUCUUUACCUAACCAAUAAUGCCGCUGCCCAUAGCUUUGCCUGUUUAAUCACCGAUAGUGAAUGGGAUGAUGAGACGGGAUUGUGCUACUUUCGUGGUACUCGACAGUCUCUUUACUAUGCGUACAGUGGAUUGAUUCAUUCUCCCUUUAUUUCAGCUGUGAGACACAGUAAUUUCUUUUCUCUCUGUCAAUCGAGAGGACUCUCAUUCGAUACUGAACGUCAUGUUGGUCUUGUCUUUCACAUGGUGGAUGUUCUCUUGCGAGGCUGUAUUGGUGUACUUUCCGUUGGGAAGGAUAGAAGUUACAUCACGAGGAUCAUGAAAGAGUUUCAAAGCUUACUUAAUCUGGAACUUCCCAAACAGAGUGAACAUUCAUCAGAAAGCAAUUUUGUCUAUUUUUCAUCAGCCAUACACCAAUUGGUACGGUCUGUUUCUAUUUCAAAGGGAAUGUAA